AUGAAGCCUUUUUCUCUCUUGACACCUAUACUUUUGUACCUUCAUCUUCUUUUUGUGUUUACUUCAAAUUUAAUGUGGUUUGGUCCAAACAAAGUUGUGGCAGUGACAUUAGGAAACCAAACAGAUCAUUUGGCAUUGCUCAAAUUCAAAGAAUCAAUAUCUAGUUAUCCAUAUGGAUCUCUUGAGUCUUGGAAUACUUCCAUUCACUUCUGUAAGUGGUAUGGAAUCACAUGCAGCCCCUUGCAUCAAAGAGUUAUAAAGUUGAACUUGACAGGAAAUCAGUUACAUGGAUCCUUGUCUCCCCAUGUUGGCAAUCUUUCUUUUCUGAUAUAUCUCAACCUUAACAACAACAGCUUCUUUGGAGAAAUACCACAGGAGUUGGGUCAGUUGCUACAAUUGCAACAACUUCAUCUUGCCGAUAACUCCUUUACGGGUGAAAUUCCUAAAAACUUGACAUAUUGUUCCAAUCUCAAUGGCUUGUUUUUGGCAGGGAACAGUUUGAUUGGCAAAAUACCAAUUGAAAUCGGCUCUUUGAAAAAGCUUCAAACGUUCAACUUUUGGAAAAACAAUUUAACUGGAGGAAUCCCUUCAAGCAUAGGGAAUCUUUCAUUCUUAACCAUCUUAGUAUUUGACUAUAACAACUUAGAGGGAGAUAUUCCACAAGACAUAUGCGCCCUCAAAAACUUGACAAUUUUAACUGGCGCUGUGAACAAUUUGUCUGGUAUGAUUCCUUCUUGUCUUUACAAUAUGUCAUCACUUACCGCGCUCGUAACAACAAAGAAUUUCAUUUAUGGUUCUCUUCCAUCCAACAUGUUCCUCACCCUUUCCAAGCUUGAACAUUUUCUAAUAGGAGGGAAUCAAUUCUUUGGCCCUAUUCCAGCUUCAAUUAUAAAUGCAUCUUCCUUUGUAGAAUUUGAUAUCAGUCAAAAUCAAUUUGUCGGACAAGUUCCAAAUCUAGAAAGGCUAAAAGAUCUGCAAUAUUUGAAUUUGGAAUACAACCAUUUAGGUGGUAAUUCAACUAAUGAUAUGGAAUUCUUAGAUUCUUUGGCAAACUGUACUAAGUUGUAUAUGUUUUCUAUAUUCCAUAAUAAUUUUCACGGCAUUCUCCCAAAUGCCAUAGGAAAUUUAUCCAUUGAACUCAAUGAACUAUAUCUUGGGUUCAACAAGAUAUCAGGACAAAUUCCUGCAGAAUUAGGACAUCUAACUGGUUUAACUCUCUUGGGCUUGCAAUUCAACUACUUUGAAGGAAUGGUUCCCACUACUUUUGGGAAAUUCCAAAAGAUGCAACGAUUACAAUUGGAUGGAAACAUGCUAUUAGGAAAUAUACCACCCUUUAUAGGCAAUCUUAGUCAAUUGUAUUAUUUGGAUUUACAUCUUAACAUGUUUGAUGGAAAUAUUCCUCCAAAUAUAGGGAACUGCCAACAAUUACAAUAUCUAGAACUUUCGCACAAUAAGCUUAGAGGAACCAUACCUUUAGAGGUUUUUAACCUUUCUUCUUUAUCAAAUUCACUGGACUUGUCACAUAACUAUUUGAGUGGUAGCUUACCAAGAGAAGUGAGGAUGUUAAAAAAUAUUGAUAUGCUAGAUCUCUCUGAGAAUCAUUUAUCCGGUGUUAUUCCUACAACAAUUGGUGAAUGCAUAGGCUUAGAAUAUCUUCUCUUUCAAGGAAACUCCUUGAACGGAACAAUACCGUCUACUUUGGCUUCUCUCAAAGGCCUGAAAUAUUUAGACCUUUCAAGAAAUCGAUUUAGUGGAUCAAUUCCUGAUAUUAUGCAAAACAUCUCAAUUUUAGAAUAUUUGAAUGUUUCUUUUAAUAUGCUGGAAGGUGAAGUACCAAUAGAUGGUGUCUUUGGAAAUGCAAGCCAAAUAGCACUUAUUGGAAACAAUAAUCUUUGUGGAGGUAUUUCACAACUGCAUCUACCACCAUGCCCUAUCAUGGGUAGGAAACAAGCAAAACAUCAUAAAUUCAAAUUGAUAGCAGUGAUAGUUAGUGCAAUUUCUUUUCUUCUCGUACUUUUAUUUGUUAUAACUAUCUACUGGAUGAGGAAAAGAAAUCAAAAUAGGUCUUUUGAUUCACCAACAAUUGAUCAGCUAGCGAAGGUUUCAUACCAAGACUUGCAUCGAGGAACUAAUGGUUUCUCGGCUGAAAACUUGAUCGGAUCAGGAAAUUUUGGUUCUGUGUAUAAAGGAAAUCUUGUGUCAGAAGAUAAUGUUGUUGCUGUAAAGGUGCUGAACCUCCAAAAGAAAGGAGCUCACAAGAGUUUCAUUGUUGAAUGUAAUGCACUCAAAAACAUAAGACAUCGAAAUUUAGUCAAAAUUUUAACAUGUUGUGUUAGUACGGAUUAUAAAGGUCAAGAUUUUAAAGCUCUAGUUUUUGAUUACAUGAAAAAUGGAAGCUUAGAAAAAUGGUUGCAUCUCGAGAUUUUAAAUGCUGAGCAUCCAACAACAUUGAACCUUGGUCUUAGAUUAAACAUCAUUAUCGAUGUUGCAUCUGCAUUACAAUAUCUUCAUCAAGAUUGUGAGCAAGUGGUCAUUCAUUCUGACUUAAAGCCAAGCAAUGUCCUUCUUGAUGAUGACAUGGUUGCUCAUGUGAGUGAUUUUGGCAUAGCAAGACUUGUCUCAGCCAUUGGUGGUACGUCUCAUAAGAAUACUAGUACAAUUGGAAUAAAAGGAACUGUUGGCUAUACUCCUCCAGAGUAUGGAAUGGGUUCUGAAGUGUCCACGUCUGGUGACAUGUACAGCUUUGGAAUCUUUCUGUUGGAAGUUCUUACCGGUAGAAGACCCAUUGAUGAAGCUUUUGAAAAUGGUCAAAAUCUGCAUAACUUUGUUGCAAUCUCAUUUCCUAAUAAUCUUCUAGAGAUUCUGGACCCACGUCUUGUACCUAGAUAUGGAGAAGUAAAAAUAGAAGAUGGAAAUCAGGAGAAUAUUGCUCCAAAUGUAGAGGAGGGCUUAGUUUCACUUUUUAGGAUUGGACUUACUUGCUCAAUGGAAUCACCAAAAGAAAGAAUGAAUAUUGUUGAUGUCACUAGAGAACUUAGCAUAAUCAAAAACGUCUUUUUCACUGGUGAGACUUUUUAUGCUUAG